AGCACCUCCCUGUGCCAUCUUCCCCAUGGAGAAAAAAGUGGCUUGGCUCCACAAGCUCUGGGACCUACCUCCUGGACUGAGGAUGAGGAGCAAAUACGCCUUUUUCCUGAUUUUCGUGGUGAUCGUCUUUGUCUUCAUUGAAAAGGAAAAUAAAAUUAUAUCUAGGGUCUCGGGCAGGCUGAAGCAGAUCCCCCAACCCCUGGUGGAAGCCAACAGCACUGACCCGACCCUGGUGCUGGCCGACAACGAGAACGCCUCCCUCCUGUCAUUGAACAAACUCAAUCCGGCCUUCACCCUGCUGCAGAGCCGUCUGCGGAACCUCAGUCUGCAGCUGGAUAUAAGGCCGGCAGCAAAGGGGCAGGAGCCGGCCGGGGAAGACUCCAGAGAGAUUGCAGAACAGGACUUUUCUCACCGUCGCCGUCAUGUGCUCCUCAUGGCCACCACCCGCACGGGAUCCUCCUUCGUGGGCGAGUUCUUCAACCAACACACCAAUCUCUUCUACCUCUUUGAGCCCCUGUGGCACGUUGAGCGCACCGUGUCCUUCGAGGCUGGCGGGGCCAGUGCGGCUGGCUCGGCCCUGGUCUACCGCGAUGUGCUCCGGCAGCUCUUCCUGUGUGACCUCUAUGUUCUGGAACCUUUCAUUAGCCCCCUGCCCGAGGACCACCAAACCCAGUUCCUGUUCCGCCGGGGUUCCAGCCGAUCGUUGUGCGAGGAGCCCGUGUGCACGCCCUUUGUCAAGAAGGUCUUCGAGAAAUACCGCUGCAAGAGCCGACAAUGUGGGCCGCUCAAUGUCACGCUGGCGGCAGAGGCCUGUCGCCGCAAGGACCACAUGGCUCUCAAGGCCGUUCGCUUCCGGCAGCUGGAGUUUCUGCAGCCUCUGGCCGAGGACCCCCGGCUGGACCUGCGUGUCAUCCAGCUAGUGCGGGACCCCCGGGCCGUGCUGGCCUCCCGCAUAGUGGCCUUCGCUGGCAAGUAUCAGAGCUGGAAGAAGUGGCUGGCCGAGGGCCAGGACCGGCUACAAGAAGAGGAGGUGCAGCACCUGCGGGGAAACUGCGAGAGCAUCCGCAAAUCAGCCGAGCUGGGCCUGAAGCCACCUGCCUGGCUUCGGGGCCGCUACAUGCUCGUGCGUUAUGAGGACGUGGCUCAGAGGCCCCUGCAGAAGGCACGGGAGAUGUUCCGCUUUGUGGGCGUCCCCCUGACACCACAGGUAGAGGACUGGAUCAGGGUCAACACGCAGAUGGCCCAGGAUGGUGCGGGCUUCUACUCCACGAGGAAGAACUCGUCGGAGCAGUCGGAGAAGUGGCGCCUCAACAUGCCCUUCAAGCUGGCGCAGGUGGUGCAGGCUGCCUGUGGCCCUGCCAUGCGCCUCUUCGGCUACAAGCUGGCCCAGGACGCUGCCACCCUCACCAACCGCUCCGUGAGCCUGCUGGAAGAGCGUCACACCUUCUGGGGCACGUAG